AGCAUGAUGGUCGUCCAUGGCGGCUCGGAGAUGGACGCGUUGCUUAGGCGGCAGCAGGAGCUCGUGAUUCAGCUCCGAGCGCUCGUCCUUCCGGCGCUUCGAGACGCCGACAGCAGGUCAGCCGACCUCGCCGUUGACCUCUUCGAUGACAUGAUCGACUGCAUCACCGGCGUUAUCUCUAGGCUCCAGAGCAUCACUACUGCAGGCGGUGAACCAGCGGUGGCCUUCAUCCUCGGCAACAAUAUCUCCAACGGCGCCGACGAGGGACAAGAGAAGAAGCCCGUGAUCAGCAACGCUGGUCAGAAGAGAAGGAGGAACAACGAAAAGCGAUCAAGAUCACUUGUGACAAUUGUUCCACAUUAUGAUGGCCGUCAUUGGAGAAAAUAUGGGCAGAAGAACAUCAAAGGGAGGCAACAUGCUAGGUAUCUAUACUUCUCCUAA